AUGGAUGCCAAGGAAGCUGGGCAGAAGGAAAAUUCAGCCAAUGAGACAUUGGUAGAAGACCACGUCAACAGCACCUUUCUCCCUUACUACCAGCAUACCCCAGUUGUUGCAGCCAUUUUCAUCAUGGCAUACCUCAUCGUCUUUCUGUCUUGCAUGGCUGGAAACUCCUUGGUGUGCAUGGUUGUGGCAAAGAAUCAGCGCAUGAGAACAGUCACCAACUUCUUCAUCCUCAAUCUGGCCAUCAGUGACCUGCUGGUGGGUAUCUUCUGUGUGCCAACCACUCUGAUAGACACCCUGAUCACAGGUUGGCCUUUCAACCAGGUAAUCUGUACCAUGAGCGGCCUCAUUCAGGGAACAUCUGUCUCCGCUUCUGUCUUUACCCUGGUGGCUAUUGCCAUGGACAGAUUCCACUGCAUCGUUCUGCCUUUCCGAGAGAGGCUCAGUCUUCCAAAGGCUGUAGUGAUUCUCAUUGUGGUGUGGUUGCUCUCCAUAGCCAUCAUGUGCCCUUCAGUCAUCAUGCUCACCAUUGAUCGCCUGGAAGGCCACUACAUAGUGCUUGGCAAUGGCAAGACUUCCAUUUACCCCCUCUAUACCUGCUAUGAAGCUUGGUCAGACAACAGCAUGAGAAAGCUCUACACAACUGUUCUCUUUGUCCAUAUCUAUUUGGUGCCCUUGACACUCAUUGUGCUCAUGUAUGGAAGGGUUUGCCUAAAGCUUUGCAGCUCUCCUGUGCCGAUCCCUGAAUACCUGUCUUAUGCUGGCAGAGCCAAUGGUACAUCCAAAAAGAGAAUCAAAGUCAUCAAGAUGCUGAUCUUGGUUGCCGUCCUCUUCAUGAUCUCCUGGUUGCCCUUGUGGACUCUAAUGCUGCUGGUGGAUUAUAUGGAUUUGACAGAUGAUCAUCUGAACUUGCUAACUAGCUACUUCUUCCCUUUUGCUCACUGGCUGGCUUUUUCUAACAGUAGCAUCAACCCUGUCAUUUAUGGCUACUAUAAUGAAAACUUCAGGAGGGGCUUUCGGGCUGCUUUUAAGUUCCAGUUCUGCUCCCAGGAGGUGAACCAUCAGGAACCUUAUUCUGAGCACCCUCUGGGUCCUGUCAGCUUUGGUAUGUCCAACAAAGUCUUCACACAGGCAAACUCGUUUAACUCACCAUCCUCACAGCUGACCCAGAACACCACCCACCUCUCCUCAAGAAAAACUCAGUCCAAGUGCCCAGGUCUUAUGUUAGAAGACAUUGAUAAAAUUAUGGCUCACCAUGUGGUUGACCAGGCUUGGGAGAAGACCCAAACCUAA